UCGGUCGUCGGCCAGCAGCGCAAUUUUUUUUUUAACAAUUUUUCCUUUUAUUUUUGAUCACUUUUGUUUUGGUUUCUUUUUUUAAUUUUAUUUUUUGUACACACAUAUAUUUGGUUCGAUUUUUGCCCUCACUUCGGCAUUUAAGUUGGCACUAUAUAUAAAAAUUAACGCCUGCAGAAACUGAGCGUUUAGUUUGGCUUCUGCGCUGGACCACCAAAGUGAUAGCGGGCAGUGCGCGUAAGUGUGCGCGUCAGUGUCAACGUGAGUGUGAGUGCGUGUUUAAAGUUGAGCGGAGCCGGCAACUGCAGCUUUUAUAGAACACACAAACGGCAGCACGCAGUAAAGUGCGAAGCGCAUGCGCAGAAUUGUGGCGAGAACUUGAUUUGGAAAUUACCCAACUGAGGCAACAACAACAAAAACGAUAACGAAAUAGCACGGAAGCAGCACCAUGAGUCCGCCCGCCCCACCUACCCUUUGCCUGCUGAUGCUGCCGCUGGUGCUGGUGCUUGGAGCCCUGGCUGGGUCCAAUGCAUUCGAUAUUGCCGCCAUGGAACCCGUUACGGCCAGCCAAGGACACCUUGUGGCGACCGGCAACAAGGCUCUGUACGAGCGAAUGACCCUAAACGGCACAUUAGACCCUGACUCUGCCGCUGAUGCUGCGGGUAUGAUGGACGUUAAUGAGAUCCCAGUACGGUACGAUGAGGCCCAAUUGUGGCGCAUCUACAAUAUCUCGGAGGGUAUGCAGAAACGAUUGCCAUUUCGCCAGAUGUUGGAGCAGAAAUUUGGAGGCAAUAUUUGGAAGGAGAACUCCAAGUUCCUGGACAUAUCCAUUGCUAAGGAGCAGCUGAAGGCUGCUCGCAGCUUUUUGGCAGCCCAUAAUAUCGAGUCUCAAAUUCUCUCCGACAAUAUUCAGUCUCUGAUCGAUCAGGAGCAGCUGGAGAGUGUGGCGAGCACAUUGGGCCGCCUUGGGGCACGAACAAAGAAAGCUACACGCAAUGGCAGUGGUAUGCAUUGGAAGGACUACCACGAUCUGGAGACCAUCUAUGCCUUCAUGCGUGAGAUACGCACCAAAUUUCCGAAUGUCUGCCGCCUCUAUACCAUUGGCAAAACGGCUGAGGGACGGGAUCUUAAGGUGUUGCGAAUUUCUGAGAACCCGCGCGAAUACAAGAAAAUCUGGAUUGAUGGCGGCAUUCAUGCGCGCGAAUGGAUCAGCCCGGCCACAGUGACCUUCAUCCUUUACCAGUUAAUGUCGAAUUGGGAGAACCAACCCGCCCACAUACGUGGUCUGACCUGGUACAUAAUGCCGGUGAUGAAUCCCGAUGGCUACGAAUACAGUCGCACGGUGAAUCGGCUGUGGCGGAAGAAUCGUUCGCCUUCGCGUCGCGCCAAAUGCUUUGGCGUCGAUCUGAAUCGUAACUUUGACAUCGGCUGGAAUGGAUAUGGCUCCUCAACGAAUCCCUGCAGUGACACCUACCGUGGCUCACAGCCCGCCUCCGAACUGGAAACGCAGGCUGUCGUCGAAUUUCUGUCCAAGCGCAAAUACAAUCUGGAAUCCUAUUUAACCUAUCACAGCUAUGGCCAGAUGGUGGUCUAUCCCUGGGCCUACAAGGCUGUCAAGGUGAAGGACGCCAGCGUUCUCCAGCGCGUGGCCAACACCGCUGUCCAGCGCAUUGCUCAAAAGACGGGCGCCAAUUACCGGGCAUCUGUCACCCACGAGGCUCUGGGAAUCGCUGGCGGCGGCUCCGAUGACUGGAGUCGGGCCGCCUUGAAUGUCAAAUAUGUCUACACGAUUGAGUUGCGCGAUCGCGGCAACUUUGGCUUUGUGCUGCCUCCCCGGUUUAUCAAGGAUACGGCACUGGAAGGCUGGACUUUAGCCGAGACAGUGGCGCAGGCCAUUGGAUAAAUCUAUAUUUAGUAUAAAUACUAUAUAUAUCUAUGUGUUUGUGUGUGUGUGCGAGUGCCCAUGUGCGUGUGUAUUUGUAUGCGUGAAUGUCGGAAUUAUGUGAAAAAUGGGCUACCUUCCUUUCUAUUUAUGUAUCUUUAACUCUCUCUAUACCUUUAAAUAACCCUAAACUUUGUGUACGACGGGUAUUCAAAAUCAUUUGAUCUGAUCCGUUUUGUGAAUAUCUCAACUGUAUUUGUUGAAAGUGUUUUUGCGAAAUCUGCAAUGUGUGUGAUUUCAGGUACGAUAAAGUGAUUGCGAAUUCAGACAUUGCGGAGUUUGGCGCUAAAAAUGCAUUUUAUAUAUGUUAAUUGGCUGGAAAUAAAAUUGGCUAUUUAUAAAAUGAUUCAA